AUGGAUCUUCAAUUACGUCCUGCUUUGGCGCCGGCCCAGGAUGUUACGGCCAGCUCGCCCAACGCCGCCGGAACGCCUUGGGAAGAGCUGGCACACAAGUACUGGCUAGACACCACACCUACCAAAGUCAAGCCAGAGUUGAUCAAGACUGCGAUCUGGGACCCCUUGGAACAAGACUCUUUCGCUCUACGACCGCUUGCACUCUUGGAGAACCUACAGAUCCUCGAGCGAUUCCUCUGGCCUACCUUCUCAGCCGACGCGUCCAACCACCACGUCCUCCUCAUCGCGAUCUUCUUCAAUGUCAAACAAAGGGCACAUCUCCAAGAUUGGACCCUAUUCUCGAACCGACCCGAGGACUUCUCGCAGCUAUUUCGACGAAUUCUUUCUUCAAACCUCGACUCCUCGCUCUCCAUAUUCUGUCGGCUGUCACUCCUACAUUUUGUCAUUGGCGCGUUUCAGUCGCUGGAGGAGGAACACGUGCGCAAAGAAUGCGCCCCUCUGGUCUCAAUCUCAAUAUGGCACAAUCUACACGACGAAACUACUAGAAACAGGCUGCUGGAUGCAAACACUGGUAGGAAGAAGGCAUGGCGAGCUGCGCAGAGACGAUACGAUGGCGCCGAUCAAGAGGGCCAAAGCCGGAUACGAUUUGAUCGAGCAUGGCUGUAUGCGAUGCUGAUUGAUUUCUUGACACGGCUCAACGUGGAGAAGCUGAGCAAUACGCAAGAGAUGGUGUACUGUGAACGCUUCGUGGAGUUCCUGAUCGAUCUGAUCAGUCAAUUACCCACCAGACGAUACACGAAUCCUCUCUUACAAGACCUCAACAUUCUAGCCAUCAUCCGGACAUCCAAAAUGUACGACAGAGAGGAUGCGGUUAUUUUGCGGGACUUGACAGAUCUGUUCGAGCACUUUCAAGGGUUUCCUGUGGACGACCUAGGCAACAGUGAGUCUAAUCCCGAGGGACUGCGCAAGACAUAUUACGAAUCGCUGCAAAGGCUUCAACGAGUUGCCCUCCAGCAUUUCGAGGACAAAUUGAAGGUUCUUGCCUUGUCGAAUUUCGGGGCAAUUGACAAACGAAGCGACCUCGAGUCCCAUUUCUCGACCCUGUCCGACUCGGAGUUACAGGACUUAUGUACCCACCUCAAUAUUCGCACCACGUACCCACAGACCGCCGGAAUUACUGCGAAUCGAGCUGUCAUGAUGGAGAGUCUUUUAUCCUUGUUUUCGAAACCACCGGAUUUCAAGGAGACGAUCGCAAAGCUUUCUGUCUUUCCCACGGCUGAAUCGAUCUACGAUCCUAAAUUGCUGAGGAAUGAAUCAUACGACGGCUCGCGGCCGCUUGGAAUCCCCAAGUUGAAUCUUCAGUAUUUGACUCUCGGCGAUUUUAUGUGGAGGUCCUUCCAGCUCUAUCAAGCCGAAGCAUUCUAUGGGAUUCGAAAGGAUCUCGAAAGCAUUGUCAAGCGAAUGAAGCCGAAGUCGGGAAGGGAACGGGGCAGCACAGCAUUUGAAGGGUUUUCUAAAAUGGCUCUACCAAUCUCUGAGCCCGCAAUCAUCGAGAUCGGUCCAACCAGAGUUGGCCAUCUCAAGCCCAGCUAUGUGCGAGCGGAAGUGAUACUCGAUGUGAGCCGCCUUAAUGAUGGCAUCAGACGGGAAUGGGAAAGUCUAAGACCCCACGACGUUGUAUUUCUGAUGGCUGUGAAAGCAGCAGAAACUUCCACUUCCAAAUUACUCACCAAUGGCCAUGCUCGGGAGCAGGAAGGUGAAGAAUGCCUGUUCACUGCACUGAGAGCUGCGGAAGUUGUCCAAGUCCUGGAUGAUAAUGGCCGACCCCUGAGAGAUGUUCAGACGAAUGGUCACACGUCAAGACCACGGAGGAGACGCCUUUUGCUUGAUAUGGACCCCACGUUCCAUACCGCGGACAAGACCAAACUUCUGAACGGUUCAGACGUCAACGCAAGUUUCAAUGUCAUUGCUCGGAGACAAGGCCGCGAGAACAAUUUCAAGCCAGUCCUGGAAACAAUUCAAAAACUGGUGUCGUCCCAAACCACACUACCCUCUUGGCUUCAAGAAGUGUAUUUGGGCUAUGGUGAUCCCCGAAGCGCUUUCUUCACCUCACUUCAGAACCGUAUUGAAUCUCUCGACUACCUCGACACCUUUCUUGAUUGGCAGCAUCUGUUGGACAGCUUCCCUGGCAAGACGGUGGAGCCUGCUUCUGAACAGAGUACGCCUCUCAACCCUCCGUUUGUCCUUCGGAGCGCCACCAAUGCAAACGAUGAUCCUCCGGUGAAUCCGAAAAAGCGACGGCGGGAACAAAUGGAGCAAGAUUCCUCUGUGAUCACUGUUUCCACCUACAAACCUCCGAACACUGGACCAUAUCCUAUGGACGCCAGGAAAACGAACUCUGUCCGCUUUACACCGAAGCAAGUGGAAGCCAUAGUGUCUGGUACCCAGCCGGGUCUCACUGUUGUUGUGGGACCCCCUGGCACGGGAAAGACAGAUGUGGCCACGCAGACGAUCAACCUCCUGUACCAUAACUUUCCAUCCGAGCGUGUCUUAUUGAUUGCGCAUAGCAACCAAGCACUGAAUCAGUUGUUCCAGAAAAUCAUUGCCUUGGAUAUCGAUCCACGACAUCUACUCCGGCUGGGUCAUGGAGAAGAAGAACUGGAAACUGAGGGGUCAUACAGUAAAUAUGGCCGUGUAGAGUCAUUCCUGGAAAACCGGCAGCUGUACCUUUCCGAGGUCAAUCGACUUGCAGCAUCCAUCGGCGCCGAGGGAGCUCACGGAGGAUCUUGCGAGACGGCAGAGUAUUUCAACCAAGUCUUUGUGAAGCCGUCUUGGGCGCGAUUCUGGGAUGUUGCGAACGCCGACGAUGCCACAGUUGAAGAUAUUCUGGCUGCUUUUCCUUUUUAUAAUUACUUCAGCAAUGCCCCUAUGCCGACGCUGUUCCCUGAAAAUGUCUCCUUGGAAGAGGCUCAUGAUAUCGCUUCUGGGUGUCAAUACCAUAUCGACAAGAUCUUCUCGGAGCUCGAAUCCAUUCGACCUUUCGAGAUUCUGCGAAGCAAUCGAGACCAAGCAAAUCAUCUGCUUGUGAAAGAGGCACGCAUCAUUGCCAUGACGUCCACGCACGCAGCAAUGAGAAGGACGGAGAUUGCUGAACUAGGGUUUCACUACGACACAUUGAUCAUGGAAGAAGCAGCACAGAUCACCGAGGUUGAAUCUUUCAUCCCCUGUGCCAUGCAGAACCCUGAUGUGAGGUCGGGAGAGUUGCCCUUGAAGCGGAUCGUCCUUGUGGGCGAUCAUUUACAAAACUCGCCCGUCAUCCAAAAUCUUGCUUUGCGUCAAUAUUCCAAUUUCGAACAAUCGCUCUUCCUCCGCUUGGUUCGGCUAGGUGUACCCACCGUCCACUUGGACCAACAAGGUCGCUGCCGUCCGUCGAUCGCGGAACUCUUCAAAUGGCGAUACAACAAUCUGGGCAAUCUGGCGAUUCUUGAUCAGCAGGCCGAAUUUACUCGCGCCAACGCGGGGUUCCGCUACGACUAUCAAUUCAUCGAUGUGCCCGACUACCAAGAUCAAGGCGAGCGCGAGCCGACCCCUCAUUUCAUCCAGAACCUGGGCGAGGCGGAGUACGCCGUGGCGUUGUACCAAUACAUGCGGCUCCUAGGGUACCCUGCGCGCAGCAUCUCCAUUUUAGCCACGUACGCCGGCCAACGAGCGUUGAUCCGAGACGUGCUUGACCAUCGCUGCAAGAACAACAAGCUGUUCGGGCUGCCUCGCAUCGUGACGACGGUGGAUAAAUACCAGGGCGAGCAGAACGAUUACGUGAUCGUGUCCAUGACGCGGACCCGGUCCGUGGGGUAUUUGCGAGACGUGCGCAGAUUGACGGUCGCGCUCUCGCGCGCCAGGCUGGGGCUGUAUAUUCUCGGACGCCGGGAGUUGUUCGAGUCUUGUUUCGAGAUGAAGCCCGCCAUGGAUCUGUUGUUGCAGAGACCAGAUAAAUUGGUCCUGACUACGGGCGAAAUGUUCCCCACGGAUCGCCCCGUAGAUGCUGAGGAUGUGGCUGGGACGGAAAUGGAAGGCGUCGAACAUCUGGGUCAGUAUGUCUAUGAGAUGACCCAGGCCAAGGUCAAAGCUAUGGGUGGCCAAGUCGCUGUUGCCGCUGGAUCCCAGGCCCAGGCCGAGGAAGUGUAUGCGGGUGGAGAUGUCGAGGGCGAACUCGACGAUGUUGCAGAAGAAGACCCUCUCCAUGAGGUUGUAUAG